AUGCGGGGACCGACUUGGUCUGUGAUCCUGCUAUUGAUCAAUUUGAUUGUUACACUCCAAGCUUGUGACGACGUGACAGAAUUUCAGUGCGCUGAUAACAACCAAUGUAUUUCUAAAACUGAUACCUGUAAUACCAUCAACGAUUGUGAUGAUGGCAGCGACGAAAAUAAUUGCGCAUGCCUCGAAAAGCUAGGAAUGGAAGAUGGAACCAUAUUGGACUCAAGUUUAAUAGCUUCGUCAAGCAAAACUGGUUCUUCUCCAUCAUAUGCCAGAGCAUCAAAUGACAAAGGUAAUUGGUGUCCCAAAUCUGAUGAUAGCAAACCCUUCUUCAAAGUCAAAUUUGAUACACCAAGGGCGAUAUCAGCUAUUGUAUUUACGCUCAAGCAAUCAGUUGUUGAUCCCCUCAACUAUUUGUCAACGUGGACAUUGAAAGCUGUUCUGCCUGGAAGCGAUGAAGAAGUUACACUUUAUGAGGGUCUCAAUGCAUUCUCAAAUAAUUCGUUAUACAGAUCGCUGUUCUUCCCUUCACUUGUUACAGACACCUUCAUCAUAGCACCAACAACAUGGCAGAAUGAACCAUGUUUAAGCUUUGAGCUUUAUGGCUGUAAUAUUGAUAAUCUUUGUCCUACUGGUUGUCAGAACAAUGGUAAAUGCUCUGGAAAUGAUAUCUGUGCCUGUGCAGAUGGUUAUUUUGGUACAAAAUGCCAGUUUCAAAAAACUACCAUACCAUUCAGCAGCUAUAUAUUUAAAUCUCUGGAAUCCGGAUCUUUAGUAACCUCUUCAGAGACCUUCACUGUCAGGACCUCCACUACUAUUAGAACUUCUAAAAUUAUAGAAAUACAGGGAAGGAAAGUUCUGAGUUUACCCGUAGCGGAUUAUUUUACGGCACCAAAAGAUGGUAAAUUUGGUUGUUUGUCGAAAUUAGGAAGUGGUGGUUGUAAAUCAUUUUAUUUGGCAUUGGGGUGUGAACUCGAGGAACUCAAGGACACGGUGCAGCUUUUUACCACCGGAUCAGAUUCGACGUAUAUCGGAGCUGAGGCUACACUAAAAUCCGAUAAUUUAGUAGUUACCUUCCGAACGUCCGAACUGAUCUGGACUCUUAACGUACGAAAGACUAAUAUGUUCUCGUCCUCCAUUAAGUACGUUUUAGAAUUUGACUGGGAUAUUUCUACCGGUAUUCGAAUUUACGUCAACAAGAAAUUAAUUGGACAACAGAGACAGGCAACUCGAACAACCCAGGUUCUCAGAACGAACACACUGGCAACGAGUGGGGUCGAGUUCUUCAAGUCCAAGAGUGUUAACGUCAAGUUGUUUUCCUUAAAAUCGUCCAGUGUUAACAGAAUCAGUUUGAUCAAAACUUCGUUGAUUUCACUCACACCAACAGAAGAAUGUGAUCAAGAGAAAGAACAUAAAUGUGCAAACAGUGAUAAAUGUAUAGAUAAAUCAAAUGUCUGUGAUUCGGUGGAGGAUUGUGACGAUGGAAGUGAUGAACAGAAUUGUCCAACGACAACAUGUGAUGUGAAAGUGUAUAAAAAGUUAGUCACUAAAUCUGCCAGUCUAUCUCUGGACCUGUUGGAAGUCGAUGAUGCUCAGAGGGUGGCGAAAUGCACAUUACCAGUUAUAAGCUACGUAGUGGAUGGGAUCUUAUUGGAUUUUCUGUCAAAGAACCAAUAUGGAGACCAACUCUCCGCUACUAAUGAUCUUGGUGCAAACCAAAACCAUAACAACAACAACAAAGACGACAAUAACAACAACAAGAAAUCUUCCCAGGAUGAGUUUAAAGAAGAUGUAUUCAACUGGGCUGAUGAACCAUGGACUCCCUGUGAUGAUGUUGAGGUUCCUGACUGGGCCAGGAUGGAUGAUCCGACAUUCGACAACUUCAAUUCUGAGUUGAUAUGGGCUGAAGACCCAUGGACCCAGUUACCACUCGUUGGACUUCCAUCAUGGAUGUUGCUUCCCGGGAUCGACUACCCUGUAGAAGCAAAAGACCCCGUGGUAUAUACUCCAGUCAAUGACGAAGAUGAUGCUGCAUUUUUAGCAUCUGGUAUAGAUAUUGUCAACUGGAGUGACGAACCCUAUUUCCAGUUACCUCUAGAUGUACCAAGAUGGGCCCUGCUACCCGGUAUUGACUAUCCAGUUCGUCAUGGAUAUAACAGCCCCUACUGGACGUAUAAAUUGAACCAAUACAACAGUUCAAGACGAGAGUUUGGAAAGAAAAUGUUCGCCAGACAAUUUCCAACGUUAAGAGAGGAACGGGUUUUAUAUAACAACAACGGACAGUCCAAGCUGUGUAUACCUGGAAAUUUUCAGAGAAGAAAUCACAGAUUUUAA